UUUUUUUAUCCUCCAAUUUGAGUGGAAUGAUAAAAUUGCUCUUUUCUAUCAUGAAAUAUCCAAAACAAUAGAAGAGUAUCUUUAUUCCAUUCCGCAACUCCACCCUAUUUCACUCCUUUGGGUUCUGUUCAGUCUUAGAGCUUCGUUCGCUGUUUAAACUAAAGUCAAGGGUCCAAAAGCAGCCAAUUUUGAAAACAAGUACGCAAGAAAACAAGUAAUCCUAUGAUACCUCGUCUAUAAAUAAACACCUUCCUUCGUUAAUGUCACACACAAAACCGACAUACUACUCUUCCAAAAUGAAAAGAACUCUAAAAGUAUCUUUCUUUAUACUAUGUUUACUACCUUUGUUUCUUGGAUCUAAAGCAGAGCAAUGCGGUAGCCAAGCUGGUGGAGCUGUAUGCCCAAAUGGGUUAUGCUGCAGCAAAUUUGGUUUUUGUGGUAGCACUGAUCCUUACUGUGGAGAUGGUUGCCAAAGCCAAUGUAAAUCAUCUCCAACACCGACAAUACCAACACCUAGUACUGGUGGUGGAGAUGUUGGAAGGCUUGUUCCUUCUUCUCUCUUUGACCAAAUGCUUAAAUAUAGAAACGAUGGACGGUGUGCUGGUCAUGGAUUUUAUACCUAUGAUGCUUUUAUUGCCGCUGCUAGAUCUUUCAAUGGAUUUGGUACAACUGGUGAUGAUAACACAAAGAAGAAGGAACUUGCUGCUUUCUUGGCUCAAACUUCUCAUGAAACCACAGGAGGGUGGCCAACUGCACCAGACGGUCCAUACGCGUGGGGAUAUUGCUUUGUGUCCGAACAAAACACUCAGGAAGUCUAUUGUUCACCUAAAGAUUGGCCAUGUGCUCCUGGUAAAAAAUACUAUGGAAGAGGACCAAUUCAACUCACUCACAACUACAAUUAUGGUCUAGCGGGUCAAGCAAUUAAGGAAGAUUUAAUUAACAAUCCGGACUUAUUGUCCACAAAUCCAACUGUGUCAUUCAAGACAGCCAUAUGGUUUUGGAUGACCCCACAGGCAAACAAGCCAUCAAGCCAUGAUGUGAUUACUGGAAGAUGGACUCCAUCUGCUGCUGAUAGCUCAGCAGGUCGGGUCCCCGGAUAUGGUGUGAUCACCAACAUAAUCAAUGGCGGGAUUGAAUGCGGCCACGGUCAGGAUAAUCGAGUCGAUGAUCGGGUUGGAUUUUACAAAAGGUAUUGCCAAAUCUUCGGAGUGGACCCUGGCGGUAACUUGGAUUGCAACAACCAAAGGUCAUUUGCUUAAGAGAAUUACCCAUGUUAAUGCUAUCAAGUAUAAAGUAUAGAAAUAAAGGGAUCACAAUGAAUGAUCUUACAUGUAAUUUGCAUCUUUAUUGCUAUGUAAAAUAGCUUGCAUAAUGUUUCAAUAAAACUGUUUAGUA